UGCUGCCCGACUCUUUUGCCCUUCAGACGAGACUGCUGCAGUUUGGCUCGCGUGGCCCUAUGUACAUCCGACCUGCAAGCUCAUGAUCCAGCCGAGAUUGUCAUACCAACCGAUUGGGUGCUUGAGGGAGCACCUGCGCAAUAUCGUCCUUCACUUCCACCGAAGAAUUCCUCCUGACCACCCUCCGGAAAGCAAACGAUCUUUUUUUGCCAACUCACGCCUUCGACAAGAGGCGACCCUACAAGCUGAGCCGGAGACUGCGUCGCUUACGCGAGGCCGAGACAUACGAUGGCAUCAUAUGCAUCCCAACGGCCGCAUCAUUGGCAGGCCGGGGCGCCGUCAACGACAAUCAUCGGAGCGACUUGUAACGAACGCGCUAGGAAGGCCGGCCGAAGUGAUUGUGAUGCGAGAUGUGUUGGAUGAGACUUCGCGCGAAGCACGGCGGCAAACGGAAGAUUUCAUUAGCCGAGCUACUGAGACCUGGCCUUCAACAGACGCAGAUGCCACAUCAGGAGUACUAAGCGUAGGUGUCACAUCUCCAGUGCAGGCGGAAGUGGAUGCUUCCAUAGACUCGCUUCGGCCUGACGCCGCGGCAUUGGAACAAUAUGAGUACGACGAGCUGAAGCACAAGAUGCUUCAACGCUACAACUGGAAACAAAUGGCCGGAUACCUGCUUCGAUCGGUCAUUCAGGCAGGCACAGAAGUUCCGGAGACUGAACGUCCCAAUGUUGAGGCAGUUCAAAUGCGGAUGACAUCUUGGCGGCCAGGCAGAACACCGCUAGACCAACGUCUUGGCCGAGUUACGCUUAAGAAGAACGAUGUUGGCAGGAGCAAAGCUAGGCUUGCCGAACAGAUUCUACGAUCCGCGUGGAAGCUUACUGUACAAGCAGAGGAGCAGCAGCUUGGCGAACUUGAGCUCUACGCGACUAGCUGGCAAAUUAAACUAUUGUUUGACACAAAGUUUAACAGUCAGAUCCAGCUUGAACGCGUGAUUGACUCCCCCUUACUUCUUCGCUCUUGCGACGUUCGGCAAUUCCGGCCAGAGAACAUCAUCCGCGUGACAGGACGGAAGGCUGAUGCUCUGGAUGUUGCGCACCGCAUUCUGCACGGGUUAGCACAGGUGAGAAGGGACGCUAUGCCGUUGACCGCCUUCAAAUCCAUGCUAGGCAAGCAUGGGUGGCCUGACAAGCUCGCGAAGCUAUUUUCCGCGGAGCACCUGCAGCACGUCUCUGAGCGAACAGCUUCCGUCAUCCAAUACGAGGAUGAGGGUGCCGUUCUCGCAGUGUACAGCCUGCGGGAAAGGUCCAGCUUGACUAGCCAAGCGCGGCGGUUGCUGUUGUCGCUGCUCGAACUACCGUCACCUGUACAGAUCCUGUCCAUCACGCCGAAUCGGAAGAACAGACAUGCCAGGAUGUCUGUGUUGGAUUUCGAGACGUCUUACGGACACCAAACUCCGAACUCGUCGGACCUGCAUGUCACUGGACUUCACCAACGUCUGCAGAAAGCUGGUCUACGUCGCUUCUGCACUCGGUUGCCACAGGGGCAGUUGAGGCGGCGGCUUCGUCCCGGAGAUGCGAAGUGGAGCCGCUUGACAAGACGCCUUGCAACUAGGUUAGAACAUGCUAGAAGAAGCAAAUUGGUAUUGUCCGCCGAGAGUCCGACACCACAUACGAGCACGCUCGGGUGGGUACCGGGUGCAAACAAUGAAUCCUGGGUUGCUAGAGUGGGCGCUUGUGUGCACUUCACCAACACUGUCAAACGUCUCGAUAUGCGCAACGGUCCAGCUGCAAAGCUUACAAGAGUUGCUCGGCUUGUUCCAUUCGACAAUUUUCUUGAUGCUGUACCCGGGCUACAAACGGUGCUUGCGCGCUUCAAGCCGGCGGUAUACGAGCAGACAGACGUUCCUGCCGAGGCUGCCUUGCGUGAAGGACUGACGGAUGUUGGAAAAGGUCCGUUGAACCAUCAACGUCGUGUCGUCGAAGAGAGGGAAACACAGUUGCUGGUUCAUCUGAUGCCGUCUCCGUUCACGAAAGGAGGGGCGUCAGUACUCGAGCGACUACCGCGCUUGGAGUUGGCCUUUAACGUGCACGAUGGCCGGCAGGACGGACAUUUCGGCUGUCGGGCAUUGAAGCUGGACGGCGCUAGCUUGCAUGUAUCUGAUCAGCUGAUGCCCGUGCCCUUCCCGGAUCACGCUGCAGAUCUUCUGUACAAGCGCAGCAACAGACUGGUCCUGUCUGACACUGAAUUGACGGAAGACGAGCAUUUGCGGUCCUUUGUGGAGCGUCUCCAGGCAUCAUACGGGGAAGGAACUGGCUCGCUAGACGCCCUCCCCGAGCUUACAUUCAAGUUGCCUCCUGUGCUUACCGACAAGCCAUCGAGCGCGCGUGGCCGUCAAAGCAAUGCAGAGGGAGUUGAGGCGCAAUACCUCCUUGACCGCUUCGAGCAGGUGCAGGUUAUGGACUUCGAGCCGCUCAAAGAACGGAAGCGUCUGGACGCUAUGGUGCCUAUGGCGCGAAAGAAAGUAGAAGAUUGGCCGGACGACAUUGUGUUGAGGCUACGAGAUGUGGAUGCUGGCGCCUUUGGAGGUCGGAGGACGGAAGUCGUGUUGGUUCCACGAGCACCCGAACGUAGCGACGAGGCUAUCGUUAAUCCAGGCGGUGCGGCUGUGCCGGACACAAUCAGUGGACCUCCCGAGUCUUCUCCAGCAACAGGGGAUGAGCACAAGCCUCGCGUGGUCAAGCGUGAGGUAGCUGAGCGUGAGGCAGGUGGGCGUGCGGCGGAAAGCUAUGAGCUUCGCCUGACCAGAGCCGCGAUGAUACUGCUCGAUGCGCUCACGGAAGCUAAUUCUGCUUCUUCUCGAACUUUCGGGCCUUAGGACCAGAAUUCCUGCCGGGCCGGUGUCCUGCUAGAAAGACAGGCCUACCGCGUUACAGCGUACACGAGACGUCACUUCGUCUUCAGUAUCUCCUCUUUUCCAGAAAGCGCUCCUCGAUAAAGACGGUGGACAUUAGCACUGACAGUACACUGACAACCAUGGAAGCGAA